AUGCCUGAGCUAGCGGAAAUCCACCGCAUUGUGCAUUUCAUUCGCCAGCACCUUGUGGGGAAGACACUGUCCAAAGUACAGGCCCAAAAUGAUGACAUCGUAUUUGGCAAAGUCGGUACCAGCGCCUCCGAAUUUCAAAAGGCGAUGCAAGGCAAACAAAUUGUGGGAGCAGGGCAGCAGGGGAAAUACUUCUGGAUCACAAUGUCUUCACCACCUCACGCGGUGAUGCAUUUUGGGAUGGCUGGCUGGUUGAAGAUCAAGGAUGCCGAUACUUACUACUACCGGUCCGAUAAGCCUGCCGACAAGGAAUGGCCUCCUAAGUAUUGGAAAUUCCUAUUGGAAACCAGCGAUGAACCGAAGACAGAGGCAGCAUUCGUGGAUGCCCGCCGGCUUGCGCGUAUCAGACUAGUGGAUUGUCCAGCAGAUGAUAUUCGAAACUACACCCCUCUCAAGGAGAAUGGGCCAGAUCCUGUCACUGAUAAAGACAUUGUGAAUGAGACAUGGCUGAAGGAGAAGGUUGGAAAGAAGAAGGUGCCAAUCAAAGCUCUUCUGCUUGACCAAGCCAAUAUCAGUGGUAUUGGAAACUGGAUGGGCGACGAGAUCCUAUACCACUCCAAAAUUCACCCAGAGCAGUACAGUAACACUCUGAAUGAUGACCAAAUCAAGGAGCUCCACGCUGCCAUCCAUUAUGUCUGCUCAACAUCGAUAGGUGUGCUGGCAGACUCAGAGAAGUUCCCAGAGCACUGGCUCUUCAAACAUCGAUGGGGGAAGGGCAAAAAGAAUCAACCAGCAGUCCUUCCAAACGGAGACAAAAUCACUUUUCUCACUGUCGGGGGCCGGACAAGUGCUGUUGUUCCGGCAGUUCAGAAAAAGACCGGGGCAGUCGCUCAGGACAUCAAUGAAGAUACUACCGACGGCACCCCAGCAAACACAAAGCGGAAACGAGUAGCCCCGAAGAAAGAAAGCGACUCAGAAGCAGAAGAGACGCCCAAGACUAAGAGGCGAGGGGCUACCCGGAAGCAAUCGAUCAAGAGCGAGGAGUCGGAAGAUGAGAAACCAAAGCCGGCUCCUGUCGGCAGACGGCGAUCUACUCGCAUAAAAUAG